AUGGAAAAAUCUGAAUCUAUUGAGUCAUAUUUUUCUUGCUUGUCAGAUAUUAAAACUGAAAUGAAACUCAAUCAAUAUAACCUUUCUGAUAGAACAUUUAUUGAGAAAAUUCUCAAUACCCUACCUAUAAAAUUUGAUCAUGUGGUAGUUGUGAUCCAGGAAAUGAAAGAUUUGGAGGAUUUGGGUAUUGAAAUUUUGCAUGGGUCAUUAGUUCUGCAUGAACAAAGAAUUAAUGGAACAGAGGAACAGAGAAUAAUGAUAUCAGGGAGUGAGGUGAAUCCAGUUAGAGGAACAGAGGUGAUUACAAUAACAGAGAUGGUCGUGGCAACAAUAAUAGAGGCAAAGGAGGUACAGGAUAAUAAUAAAAAAUCUGAAAUUCUAUUAUUAGUCUGUAAUAUUGUUGAUGUGGUUGAUAAAAAUAAAUGGUACGUGGAUACGGGUUGCAACAAUCAUAUGUCUCGCAAAAAAGAAUUAUUUGUUGAACUUGAUGAAUCUGUCUGUGGGGAAGUUAAAUUUGAAAAUAACAUUGUUUUACCAGUGUUUGGCAAGGAAAAAAUUCCUAUUAGCCUGAAAAAUGGGUUUUCUGAUUUUAUUUUUGAUGUUUUCUAUGUUCCUGGAUUGCAUCAUAAUUUGUUGAGUAUGGGCUAA